CAUCAGCAAAGCCAGUAAAUUCUCCGUUUGUUGGACAAACGCAUUCAGUUGAAGGUGGAUCGCGUGCGCAGACGGUUGAUAUUAAUAGUCCGAUACAAAGAAGUCAGAAAAAUAAACACCAGCAACAACAGCAAACGUCACCCGAAUUUGCAACGGCAAUCAAUCAAUUGAAAGAGCAAUUUUGCCAAAUAAAUUUAAAGCAAACGCCGCAAACGAACGGUGUCGUCUCCUCCGCCGCUCCGUUGUCGUACGUCGCGCCAACAAAUAGUCAUCACACGAAUCUUUUGCAUAAUAAUUGUGCUGCAACUUCGAACCCCGUAACAACAAAUUCGGCAAUUGUUGCUGGUCAACAACAACAACUACAACAAGAACAACGAAAUUUUUACAAUAAUUUGCCUCAAACGAAUUUUACGAAAAGUGAUUUUCCAACAACAAAUAGUGAAUUGAAAUCUGUACAACAACAGCAGCAACAACAACCAACAAAUUGUCACAACAAAAAUAAUACGAAUAGUAGUGGUGUAGUGAAAACAACAACUUUGAAUUUGCCCGUGACAUCAUACGCUGCCACACAACAACAACAGCAACUCCAUCCACAAGAGUAUCCUGUUGAACAAAUUUAUUACACCAACAACAACAACACCAGUGACAACACUGAUACCUACACAUACACAUAUAAUCCACAGGACUACGACGAAAACUUCGACGAAGACAUGGAAGCUGAACGUGAUUUGGCCGAAGAUGCCCAAUGGAAGAAGAUCCAACAGAACACCUUUACCCGCUGGGCCAACGAACAUCUGAAGACCAUCGAUCGCAGCAUUAGCAAUCUGGAAAGCGAUCUCUCCGAUGGUCUGCGACUGAUUGCCCUCAUCGAAGUGCUGUCACAAAAACGCAUGCCCAAAUACAAUAAAAGGCCAACAUUCCGUUCACAAAAAUUGGAAAAUGUCUCGGUGGCAUUGAAAUUCCUCGAAGAUGAGGGUAUCAAAAUUGUUAAUAUUGAUUCUUCGGAUAUUGUUGAUUGCAAAUUGAAAUUGAUCUUGGGCCUGAUAUGGACUUUGAUUUUGCACUAUUCCAUUUCUAUGCCAGCCUGGGAGGGUGAAGAUGAUCAACAAUUGAAUGGUUCGGGACCAACACCGAAACAGAGACUGCUCAAUUGGAUACAUGGUAAAAUACCCGAUUUACCCAUCAAGAACUUCACAAAUGAUUGGACCAGCGGUAAGGCUGUUGGUGCCUUGGUUGAUGCCUGUGCUCCAGGUCUGUGUCCCGACUGGGAAAUGUGGGAUCCCAAGGAUGCUGUACAAAACGCUUCCGAAGCCAUGGGUUUGGCUGAUGAUUGGUUGAAUGUGCGCCAACUGAUCAAACCCGAAGAAUUGGUCAAUCCCAAUGUUGAUGAACAAUCCAUGAUGACAUAUUUGUCACAAUAUCCCAAUGCCAAGUUGAAGCAAGGAGCUCCAUUGAGGCCCAAAACUAAUCCAAAUAGCAUUCCUCCACCGCGAGUACGUGCUUAUGGUCCAGGUAUUGAACCCAUUGGUCCAGUUGUGGGAGCUCCAGCCAAUUUCACUGUGGAAACUUUCUCAGCAGGCAAAGGCCAAGUCGAUGUUGAGGUCAUCUCCCCCGAUGGUUUGGUGGAAAAAGCCGAUGUCCGUUUCAACAAUGACAAAAACCUCACCUAUUCCAUUUCGUAUGUACCCAAAAUGGAAGGUGAACACAAGGUGAUUGUAAAAUUCUCUGGACGUGACAUACCCAAGAGUCCCUUCCCCGUUAAGGUUGAGGGUCAUGCCGGUGAUGCCUCUAAGGUUAAGGUCACUGGACCCGGUAUCCAACCCAGUGGUGUGGUGAUUAGCAAACCCACCUUCUUUGACAUCCUUACCCACGAUGCUGGUCGUGGUGUCCCUGAGGUCAUUAUCAUUGAUCCAGCCAAUCACAAAACCUCUGUGGCCGCCAAGGUUAGACAAUUGGAAAAUGAUGUCUGGCGCUGUGAAUAUGUUUCGGCCUUGCAAGGUUUACAUUCGGUCAAUGUUUUCUAUGCCGGUACACCCAUACCCAACAGUCCGUUCCCAGUGAAAAUUGCCCCACUGUCGGAUGCCAAACGUGUUAGAGCCUCCGGCAGAGGUCUACAACCGAAUGGUGUACGUGUAGGCGAUGAUGCUGAUUUCAAAAUCUACACUGAAGGUGCUGGUGAAGGUUUGCCCGAGGUUAGAAUUGUCGGCCCCGGUGGUAUGAAUGAAAAUGUGGCCAUGACCAAAUUGGAUGCCCACACCUAUGAGUGCCAUUAUUACCCCAACAAAGAGGGUAGAUAUGUUGCUGUCGUUACAUUUGCCGGCCAAGAGAUCAAUAAGUCACCGUUUGAGGUUAAGGUCGGCCCCAAGAAGGAGUCCAAUAUUGUAGCCUUUGGCCCUGGUUUGGUGGGCGGUGUUGUUGGCUAUCCGGCUGCCUUUGUGGUUGAAACCAAUGGUGAAACUGGUGCUUUAGGAUUUACAGUAGCUGGUCCUUCUCAGGCUGAGAUAGAAUGUCACGAUAAUGGUGAUGGUUCCGCUUUGGUCAAAUAUCAUCCAACGGCUCCCGGUGAAUAUGCUGUGCAUAUUUUGUGCGACAAUGAAGAUAUACCCAAAUCGCCAUAUAUUACACAAAUCCUACCCAAAACCGAUUACCAUCCGGAAAAGGUAAAGGCCUGGGGUCCUGGUUUGGAAAAGAAUGGUGUUUCGAUAAACGAACCCACAAGUUUUACUGUUGAUGCCACCCAGGGUGGUCCAGCACCCUUGGAUGUUAUUGUUGAAGAUAUCUAUGGCAAGAGAUUGCCGGUGGAUGUUAAAAAUCAACCAGAUGGUACUAAAUUGUGUACAUACACACCAGUGUCGGGAACACCACAUACCGUGGAGGUUAACUUUGGUGGUGUAGCUUCAGCCAAUUCUCCCCACCGCGUCUAUGUUGGCUUGCCUGUUGAUGCCAACAAGGUCCAGGCCUUUGGCCCCUGGUUCCAACCCGGUGUCCAUCCCAAUUCCCCCACCCAUUUCAAUGUUGAUUGCCGUGAUGCUGGUGAGGCUGAAUUGAAGGUGAAAAUUGUCCAUGAAGAAACCAAAGUGGAAAUCCCCUGCCGCAUUAUCGACAAUGAAGAUCAAACCUAUUCCGUUGAAGUUAUACCCCCCACCAAGGGUGCCUAUACCACAACCAUGACAUACGGCGGUCAACCUGUGCCAUUGGGCCAGAAAGUAAUGGUUGAACAACAAAUCGAUGUGUCCAAGAUCAAAGUUGAUGGCUUAGAACCAACUGCACCAUUAAAUAGUCUCCAGCAGUUUCGCAUUAUUACCCAUGGCCUGCCGAAGGCCGAUUUGGCGGUAACCAUAACCAGUCCCUCUGGCAGCCGGGUUAAGGCCCAUGUCAUACCCACAGCAGAGGGUUUCCUUGUGAACUUCACGCCCACCCAACUGGGUGAAUAUUUGUUGAGUAUAUGCUUUGGCGGCACACCCAUUACGCCAAGACCAUUCCGUUUGCAAUGUCUGAGUGGCAGUGAUUCGAAUAAGGUGCGAGCCUUUGGUCCGGGACUGGAGAAAGGUUUGGUGGGACAACCAGCUGAGUUUAUGAUCGACACACGUGGAGCGGGCCAAGGUGGGCUGGGUGUCACCGUAGAGGGGCCCUGUGAAGCAGCCAUUAACUGCCGCGACAACGGAGAUGGCACAUGCAAUGUGGCCUAUUUGCCCACCGAAGCCGGAGACUAUACUGUAAAUAUAACAUUUAAUGAACGUCACAUAAAUGGAUCACCAUUCCAACCGAUUAUAUUUCCCUUGCCGAAUCUCAGCAAUACACGUGUUAGUGGUAUCGGCAUACAGCCACAUGGUGUCAUCAUGAAUGAAAAAACCGAUUUUAUGGUGGAUAUGAGUAAGGUGGGUGCCAACAUUGAUUCCAAGAAGCUCUCAUGCUCUGUCUUCGAUCCCAAGGGCCAAAUGUUGCCCAGUGAAAUAUUGCCUGGACCAACAAAUGAUGUCUUCCGCAUCAUGUACACACCCUUCGAAGCUGGCCGUCAUACCAUUGAGCUGUUAUACGAUAACAUUCCCGUGCCAGGUUCACCAUUUGUGGUGAAUGUCAAGAGCGGUUGUGAUCCAAGCCGUUGCAAGGCCUAUGGCCCAGGUUUGAAGAGAGGUUUCGUAAAUGAAAAGAACAAAUUUGUCAUCGAAACAAAAGGUGCCGGCAAGGGUGGUCUUUCGCUGGCCAUUGAAGGACCCUCUGAGGCUAAAUUGACAUGCAUCGAUAAUCGUGAUGGUAGCUGUGAUGUGGACUACUUGGCCACCGAAGUGGGUGAAUAUGAUAUUUCAAUACGUUUUGCCGAUAAGCACAUACCCGGCUCCCCAUUCACUGUCUAUGUGGAAGAACGUUCGGAUCCCUCGAAAGUUAAGGUAUACGGCCCUGGCAUUGAACAUGGCGAAGUACGUGAGGGUGUACCCACCCACUUCUUUAUUGAUGUACAAGAUGCCGGUCCCGGUCGCAUUGCUGUGAAAAUCCAGAAUUCCGAAGGCAAACCCAUUGAAGAUUUGCGCGUAGAAGAGAAGGGUGAUGGUAUCUAUUGCGUCCAUUAUUCUCCACCCAAGGAGGGUUCCGUUUUGACAUGUACCAUUACAUUUGCCGAUACUGAAGUGCCAUGCAGUCCCUUCGUUAUGACCGUAUUCCCCAAGUCCGAACCCCACAAGGUCAAAAUCAAGGGCGUCAAUGACAAGAAGAAAACACCUGCCUCCCGUCCAGCUGAAUUUGAAGUUGAUACGAAAAAGGCUGGACAAGCCGACAUUGAUGUUGACAUUAAAAAUCCCAAGGGUAAGGCUGUCAAGCCUCGUCUGCAAGAAAUCAAUGAAGGUACCUAUGUUGUGUCCUUUGUACCCGAUGAAUGUGGCACCUAUAUGGUUAGCAUUAAAUAUGGUGGUCAAGAGAUUGAGGGAUCACCCUUCAAAUUGGAAGCCUUCCAAACGGGUGAAGCCAAAAAGUGUAAACUUGUCGAAGAGGCACCCAAAAUUCAACCCUCUGGCAGUAAGAGUCAUUUAACUGUGGAUGCCCGUGAGGCUGGCGAUGGUGCUGUGACCUGUAAGAUUGCCUCUAAAACAGGAAAGGAAAUUGUGGACAUUGAUGUUAUUGAAAAGGAUGGCUUCUUUGAUAUCUUCUAUGCCUUGAAUGAUCCCGGAGAUUAUGAUAUUAAUGUGAAAUUUGGUGGUAAAGACAUACCAAAUGGUAGCUUCUCCAUUAAGGCUGUCGAACAAUACAGUGAAUACAUUGAAGAACAUACACAGGUUAUUAAGACCACAACGCAGGUAAGGCGACAGAAUAAAUUUCAGUUUCAAGGGUUUAUUAAGACUACCCAACAACAACAGCUGCUGAACGGUAAAAGCGAAAGUAACUUUAGACCCGUCGCAUUUGAGAAGUUCCCAGUACCAACUACCGGUGGAAUCGUUGUUGCUGAAGUCAAAAUGCCCAGCGGAAAAAUUGACAAGCCCAUUAUUCAAGACAAUCGUGAUGGUACCGUUUCGGUUAAAUACGAUCCCAAAGAAGAGGGCUCCCACGAAUUGAUUGUCAAAUACAAUGGUGAACCUGUUCAGGGAUCUCCCUUCAAAUUCCAUGUGGAUUCAAUUACCUCUGGUUAUGUUACAGCCUAUGGUCCCGGUUUGACUCAUGGUGUUACUGGUGAGCCAUGCAACUUCACCAUCUCAACUAAAGGUGCCAGUGCUGCUGGAUUAACCAUGGCUGUUGAAGGCCCCAGCAAAGUUGAUAUUAACUAUCACGACAACAAAGAUGGUACUGUGUCGGUGCAAUAUCUACCCACUGCUCCUGGCGAAUAUCAUGUUUCGGUACGCUUUGGCGAUAAACACAUUAACGGCUCCCCCUAUGUGGCCAAGGUUACAGGCGAAGGCCGUAAACGUAAUCAAAUUUCUGUAGGUUCCUGUUCGGAGGUGACCAUGCCUGGUGAAAUUACCGAUGAUGAUUUGCGUGCCUUGAACGCUUCCAUUCAGGCUCCCAGCGGUCUGGAGGAACCUUGCUUCUUGAAACGCAUGCCAACCGGUAAUAUUGGUAUUUCCUUUACACCCCGUGAAACUGGUGAACAUAUGGUUUCUGUGAAACGUAUGGGCAAACAUAUUCCCAAUUCACCAUUCAAGGUGACCGUUAUGGAACGUGAAGUGGGUGAUGCCAAGAAAGUUAAGGUUUCUGGAGCCGGUUUGAAGGAGGGCAAAACUCACACUGAGAAUGUGUUCUCCGUGGAUACCCGCAAUGCUGGUUACGGUGGUUUGUCCGUCUCCAUUGAGGGUCCCAGCAAGGCUGAAAUUCAAUGCACCGAUAAGGAUGAUGGCACCUUGAACAUCUCCUACAAACCCACUGAACCUGGUUAUUAUAUUGUAAACUUGAAAUUCGCCGAUCACCAUGUUGAAGGCUCCCCCUUCACUGUUAAGGUUACCGGUGAGGGCAGCAACCGUAAACGUGAAAAGAUCCAACGUGAACGCGAUGCUGUUCCCGUCACUGAAAUUGGCAGCAAAUGUAAAUUGACCUUCAAAAUGCCCGGCAUUACCUCCUUCGAUUUGGCUGCUCGUGUUACAUCGCCCAGCAACGUGACCGAAGAUGCUGAGAUCCAGGAAGUUGAAGAUGGUCUCUACUCCGUGCACUUUAUCCCCAAGGAAUUGGGUGUCCACACUGUAUCUGUACGCUACAAGGACAUGCACAUCCCCGGCUCUCCCUUCCAAUUCACCGUUGGUCCUUUGCAUGACUUUGGUAGCCAUUUGGUUAAGGCUGGUGGUUCUGGUUUGGAGCGCGGUCUUGUUGGUGUGGCCAACGAGUUCAAUGUCUGGACUCGUGAAGCCGGCGGUGGCUCCUUGGCCAUCUCCGUUGAAGGCCCAAGCAAGGCUGAAAUUGAGUUCAAGGACCGCAAGGAUGGUUCCUGCGAUGUUGCCUACAAAGUUACUGAACCUGGAGAGUAUCGUGUUGGUUUGAAAUUCAACGAUCGUCAUAUUCCCGACUCACCCUUCAAGGUUUACAUUUCUCCCGAUGCCGGUGAUGCCCACAAACUGGAAGUCCAGCAAUUCCCUGAAGGAAGCAUUCAAGCUGAUGCUCCUUAUCAAUUCAUGGUACGCAAGAACGGAGCCAAGGGUGAAUUGGAUGCCAAGAUUGUUGCUCCCUCCGGCACCGAUGAUGAUUGCUUCAUCCAAACCAUCGAUAGCGAUAUGACAUCGGUGCGUUUCUAUCCACGUGAAAACGGUAUUCAUGCCAUCCAUGUCAAAUUCAAUGGUGUUCAUAUUCCUGGAUCGCCUUUCCGCAUCAAGGUCGGUAAGGAUGUGGCCGAUCCUGCUGCUGUCCAUGCCAGCGGCUCGGGUUUGGAAUGUGUAAAGACAGGUCACAAGGCUGAUUUCAUUAUUAAUACCUGCAAUGCUGGCGUUGGUACAUUGUCGGUGGCCAUUGAUGGUCCCUCAAAGGUGGCCAUGGAUUGUACUGAAGUUGAGGAGGGCUAUAAGGUACGCUAUACUCCAUUGUUGCCCGGCGAUCAUUUCAUUUCUGUUAAAUACAACAAUAUUCACAUUAUUGGCUCACCAUUCAGAGUUAGCUGUGAAGGUGACAAGAUGGUAGAUGAAGGUGCCCAAGAAACCUCUACCGUCGUUGUGGAGACCGUGCAAAAGGUUGCCAAGGGUGGCAAGAAUACCGGUGUUGUCAUGCCUGCCUUCAAAUCAGAUGCUUCUCUGGUAACAUCCAAGGGUAUGGGUCUUAAGAAGGCCUUCAUGGGUAAAACCAAUACCUUCACCAUUAGUGCCACUGAAGCUGGCAACAACAUCCUCUAUGUCGGCAUGUACGGACCCAAAGGACCCUGCGAAGAAUUCAGCAUUAAACACACCGGACGCAACAACUACAAUGUCAGCUACAUGGUACGCGAUCGUGGCCAAUAUAUUUUAAUAGUCAAAUGGGGUGAUGAACAUAUUCCCGGCUCACCUUUCCAAAUUGAUGUCUAAGUCGUGUUAUUACCACCUACUCUCAACCACUACCUAUACACGUACAUACAUAUAAACCAGACCAAGAUGGUCCUGUAUUUUUCUAUUGAAAAACAAAAUCCUUAAAGCAAACAAAGUUCCACACUUCCAAUUGCCCUGUUUUAUAUAAAUAUAAGUUUGCUUUAAACCAAAAGUUUCUUUAAAAAAUGUAUCCAUGUUUUUUCUCUUUUGUUUUGUAAAUUAAUAUGAAAGAUUUGUUGCUUAAUUCUUUCAUAUGCUCGAAAAUUAAAUUAAAAAAACAUCCUUGUCUUGUUAGUUAAAACUGAAUGUAACUGUCGUUUUUUUAAUUUAGAUUUUAAAUUAUAUUUUCAUUUUUUAAAAGUUAAUGUUCUUUAUUAUUUUUUCAUAUAUAACGUUCAUAUAUAUUUUUAUUUGUUUUUAUUAAUUGAAGUCCAUUGAAAAGCAAUAUAAUUUAAAAAAAUGAUAUUUAAUUCUCUUUUUUAUUGCAAGCGAAAAAAUCGCUACAUCAAUUAUAUAAUUUAAAGUAAAAAGUGUAUUUCUGUUAUCCAUAUUAUACAUUAUGUUUUUUUUAUGUUUUUUAAUGAUAUUUUUUUCAAACAUACAUAUAAAAUAAUUAUUUAUAAAUAAAAAAAUAAACAAUUAAAAAAUUA